AUGCAAAUUCAACCGAAAUCCGCCAUAGCUGUCGUCCUUUUCUUGGUUGAUUUGGUUUCAGCAACAAAACGCAAAGAGGCUCCUCAAAGCCUAGAUAGCCGAGCAACUAUCGUCCGAUGCAACGUUCAACUUAUUGAAACUGACGAUUUGGGCUAUGAAUCUCUUAUGGAAGUGAAACAAAUUUCCCCUUCUGGCACGCAGACUUUUCAAUACGGCAAGGAUGUCAUUCACGUCCGCGUGGACGGACUGUGCGCAGCUCAGGAAAUUUCGGGUGUUCGCAAGGAUCACACGCAUUUGGAAAUUGAGGUUACCUUUCGGGACGUGGAUGGAGGAGUCAAGAAAAUCAAAAACAAAUAUUAG